UUCAUCCAGUCGCUUUUCGGGUAUCGUCGCGUUAAGCAUCCAGGAAUUCCAGGGAUGCCGCUCGCGCUCCACACCGGGUUAUAACCCCUAACAGGGAAUUUCCAGAUAAAAUAAUACACAACAAAAAAAACAAAAAUCUGGACAGCGAUGAAUAUUUUGGGAUGGGGUUGGAUAGUACUCGUCGCUUUUGAAACAGUUAUAGCGUGGGGAGGUCUUUUGGGGAGCGGUUCCGACCUCCAAGGGCCAAUCUUCGUAAUAGAACCACCUCAUCGAGUGGAGUUUGGGUCCCAAACAGGCGGAAGAGCCGAUUGUACAGGACAUGGCAGCCCACCACCGGAAAUCGAGUGGGUUUUACAAGAUGGAACACCUGUACAGCAAAUCCCAGAGCUACGCCUCAUUUUCCCCAACGGUUCCCUAAUAUUCCCACCGUUCUCAAACGAUCGCUACCGCCACGACAUCCACACCGCCAUCUACAGAUGCAAAUUGAGAAGCACUUUGGGAAUCACCUUAAGCAGAGAAGUUCACAUAAAAGCAGUUGUCAAGCAAAAAUACGAUAUUCAAGUGAGCGACGAGUACGUCAUAGCGGGAAAUACGGCGGUACUAAAGUGUAAAAUACCCACGUACGUGUCGGAUUAUGUGAUGGUCACCUCCUGGGUUCAGGAUGAGAAUAUUAAUAUUUAUCCCAAUACUGAUAUUGGGGGGAAGUAUGUGGUCCUAGGAAAUGGGGACCUUUAUAUUAGUAAUGCUGGUCCUGGGGACGGAUAUAAGAACUAUGCCUGUAGGACUGUUCAUAAGCUUACAGGUGAAGUCAUAACCUCAACUUAUCCAGGCCGAAUAAUCGUAACGGAACCAAAAGGGAGUGUACAGCCCCGAAUAGCCGUAGGGAAAUUCAAUGCUAAAAGGGUUGUUGUGGGUGAUGACGUUACUUUGCCAUGCGUGGCUCAGGGACAUCCAGUUCCUGGUUACUACUGGAAAAAGGAAAUUGACGGGCAAAUGAUUCCGGUUGCCUUGGGGGAGAGGAAUAUGUUGUUGAGUGCUGGAUUACUACGCAUAUCAAAGGUUCGGCUGGAAGAUAAAGGGGUGUAUGUGUGCUUUGCGAAUAAUUCUGCAGGGGAGGAAAGUGUGAGGAUCACUUUGGAGGUGACCUCACCUCUAUCGGCUCAUAUACAACCUCAAAUGUUGGUGGUGGAUGUGGGGAAAGACGCGACGUUUCAGUGCGUUAUCAAUGGACAUCCUGCUUCUCAAAUUCAUUGGUUACAUAAUGGCAAACCUAAAGCAGCAGAUAAUAGGGUGGAAGUUCAAAAUGAACCUCCGCGUUUAAUAGUUAAACAGCUGACAAAAGAUGAUCGUGGGAUGUAUCAGUGUUUUGUCAGCAACGACUGGGAUCAAGCUCAAGCUACUGCUGAACUUAAUAUGGGAGAUGCUGGACCAGAACUUAUUUACUGGUUCGCAGAACAAACAUUACAGCCGGGCCCUACCGUUUCCCUUAAAUGUGUAGCAUCAGGAAAUCCACCUCCGCAGUUUACGUGGGCACUGGAUGGCUUUCCCAUUCCAGACAAUUCCAGAUUUUUGGUGGGUCAAUACGUGACCAUCCAAGACGACGUUAUCUCGCACGUGAAUAUAACGAACGUAAAAGCGGAAGAUGGGGGCGAGUAUUCGUGCACGGCCCACAACAGUGUGGGAAAAGUGACCCACAGUGCACGGGUGAACGUGUACGGGCUGCCGUACAUCCGGGAAAUGCCGAAGGUGAUCGGGGUCGCGGGAAACUCUUUAAUAAUCAAGUGUCCCGUGGCCGGAUAUCCCAUUGAAAUUAUCACCUGGGAACGAGAGGGACAGAUUUUGCCAGUGAAUGCGAGACAAAGGGUGUACCCCAACGGCACCCUUCAUAUCAUGCAAACACAGAGAAGGGAAGACGCGGGUACAUAUACGUGUCAAGCGCAAAAUAGGCAGAGAAAUUCCGCUAGAAGGGAUGUAGAAGUACAAGUUAUAGUUCCCCCAAAAAUACUGCCAAUCAACCCGAUGACCGAUCUACUACGGGAGGGAAUGCGGGCAGCAAUCACCUGUCAAAUUAUGGAGGGAGACCUGCCAAUCACCUUUCGCUGGGAACGAAAUGGAAAGCCCAUAAUCAAUAACGCAGCCCUAGGCACAUUGGUAAGAAGGAUCGACGAAUUUUCCUCCUCUUUAAUCAUUGACCGGGUCAGCUCUCAGCAUAGCGGCAACUACACUUGUAUAGCUAACAACAUCGCUGGGAGUGAGAAGUAUGGUGUACCCUUAACCGUCAAUGUUCCUCCAAGAUGGACCAGCGAACCCACAGAUGCCAGCGUAGCAUCAGGACAAGACGCGAUUAUCCAUUGCCAAGCAGAAGGUUACCCCAAGCCCAUCAUAGUAUGGAAAAAAGCUCUCGGUGAGCAACCAGGCGAGUACAAAGAUCUCCAAUAUGAACCCAACAUCCAGCAGUACCAAAACGGUUCGCUGGGAUUCACGCACAUAUCAAAAGAAAACGAAGGUCAAUACUUAUGCGAGGCCAAAAACAAUAUCGGGGCGGGCGUUAGCAAGGUUAUUUUUUUAAGGGUUAACGCUCCGGCUCAUUUUGCUCAAAAAUCGAAACAAGUACAAGUAAUAAAAGGCGAGCAGGCCCAUUUGCAAUGUUCGGCGAAUGGAGAUACCCCGAUGCAAAUAGUGUGGAAAGUUGGAGUGCAGCACAUUACUAAGGAUAGUGUUGGAUCUGACAGCAGAUACUCCAUCAGAGAACAACCUUUGGCAGACGGAAUGGUCUCCGAACUAGGCAUAGAAAGAACCAUCCGUCAAGACACGGGCAUCUUCAUCUGUUCCGCCUCGAAUUCCUACGGAAGUGACGACAUGAACAUCCAGCUGAUCGUCCAGGAAAUCCCGGAAGCCCCAAGGAACGUCAAGGUCAUUGAUCAGCAGUCACGCACCAUCGGCAUCUCCUGGAACUAUCCCUAUGCGGGGAACAGCCCUAUAACAAAUUAUGUGAUUCAGUACAAGCCAGGAGCAGAAGCUUGGCCAAAUCAGCCGGCAAAAGUGACGGUACCAGGUUCCCAAACCAGUGGUACCAUAUCAAACUUGAGACCAGCACAGGUUUACCAUGUAAGAGUUUUGGCUGAGAAUCGUCUAGGUCUAAGUGAACCCAGUCAGAUUGUACAAGUGAAUACACUGGAAGAAGUUCCUAACGGUUCCCCAAUAGACAUCCGUGCCGAAGCAAAAACGUCUACCGAGCUGGUGGUGACAUGGGAACCACCUCCCAGAGAAACAUGGAAUGGAAAUCUACUUGGGUACCACGUCGGUUAUCAGGAACUGGAUGAGGACAAUAGUGUAUCACAGAGUUACGUAUUUAAAAGUGUUGAGGUGCGAGCUCAUUAUGGGGGCGAAGCUGUUUUGCAAGGGUUAGCCAAGUUUACCACCUACAGCAUUAUUGUACAGGCAUAUAACAGCAGAGGGUCUGGACCAGCGAGUGAACCAGUCACUGCAAGAACUUUAGAAGAUGCCCCCACAUUACCACCGGAAAACGUCCAGUGUUCAGUGUUAAAUGCUCAAUCGUUACACAUAUCAUGGGAGCCGCCCUUGCCAAAGGGCAGAAACGGUAUUAUACAAGGAUUCAAAGUUACUUACCAUUCAGUUGGAGAGUAUUAUGAUAAUGACGACCAACAAACCAAAAUGGUCACCCAAAUGAGAACCACCAUAUCAGGUUUAAGGAAAUUUACGAAUUAUAGCAUGACUGUUUUGGCGUAUACUAGUAGUGGUGAUGGGGUGAGAUCCAGUCCUGUGUAUUGUCAAACAGAGGAGGAUGUGCCAUCCGCCCCAGCCCAAAUAAAAGCAGUCCUAAGUGGCCCCAACAAAAUCCUUGUGGCUUGGCUUCCUCCCAAGUUUAGCAAUGGACCACUCACUGGAUACACGUUUUAUAUGAGCGUGGUAGAGGAUGGACAAGAGGAGGGAACCCAUAAAAGGGCCCUCAGCCCCACGACUGAAAUGUACGAGGUGUCAAGGACUCACGAGUCAAGCACUUUACAGUUCUGGAUAACUGCAUCCACUAGGAUAGGAGAAGGUGAGAGCACAAGAGUCAUCACAGUCUCCCCAUCAAAAAACGUUCCGGCGAAAAUCGCUUCGUUUGGUAGAAAAGUGAUUAGUGCAUGGAAACAGGACAUUUAUCUCCACUGUAAAAGGGUGGGGAUACCUUCUCCCAACGCAGUCUGGAAAAUAAACGACCUUCCUUUAGAAGAGGGAGGAAGAAGGAAUAUUUUUCCAAAUGCCACAUUGGUGAUAAAAGAUAUUCAAAGUGUGGACCAAGCGAAUUACUCUUGUGCCGUCGAGAACCAGUAUGGAAGGGAUGAAAUAGUUUAUACCCUAAAGGUUCUGGUACCUCCAGAAGCGCCUGUUUUAAGUGUGGUGGAGGCUUUUACUGACAGCUUACAUUUGAGUUGGACAGACCAAGGAAAUGGAGGUUCACCAAUACUGGGUUACGUUAUAAAUUAUAAAAGGGAUCACGGAGAUUGGGAGGAGUUGCAAAUCCCUGCCAGGACUGACGAGCAUAUGCUUAGGAACCUUUGGUGUGGCAGUAGGUAUCUUCUUUAUAUCACAGCAUUUAACCGAAUAGGCACCGGACUGCCAUGUGAUAUAGUGACAGCCCAUACAAAAGGAACUGUGCCAGUGCAGCCUAAGCAAUCACAAAUGUUAACGAUGAACGCCACUGUGGCCACCAUAUGGUUAGACUCAUGGGGUGACGGGGGGUGUGGAAUCGGCCAUUUUGCUAUCUUUUACAGACCUAUACGUCAUAGCUCUUGGACAACCGCUUCUAACCACCUGAAACCUACAGAAAGGAUCUACAGCAUCGUAGAUCUGUUUCCGGCCACGGAAUAUCAAAUAAAAGUUAUUGCGAGUAAUAAUGCCGGAGAUGCUGAGGCGCUGUAUAAUUUCACCACGUUAACAUUUGCAGGAAGUAUUCCAGAAAUCACUCCUCCCGUAUCGCACUCCGGAGAUGAAUCGAUGUAUUUGAAUGCCAAGGUUUUGGUGCCUAUAGUGUCAUCUUUGAGCAUCUCUGGGGCUAUUUUUGCGGCACUGGUUUAUAGAAGAAAACGUCUCCAAGACAUAAACUCCACCCAGAGCACCUCAAUAGGAGAAUCGCCCUCGAUGGCCCAAAUGCAAAACAAACAAAACCGAGACCAGCAGUACCUCGCGGUGAGGGUGGGUCGCGGGCAACAACCCCUCGACGUUGAAGAUCCCUAUAAGGCCGAAACGUCCGAGUACAUCGAGGACAUUUGUCCUUACGCCACUUUUCAACUAUCCAAGCCGGCGUACAGCGAGAGCUCUUAUAGCGGCAACGUGUACAGUGGACCGUACCAUUCGGUACGCGGUUCGUUUGUUUAUCAUGACGUAAAACCACCACCUAUCGAUAAGUUUAAGUUAGGACAUAACAAAGAACCUGAGUACACCAAAGUGAGAAGAAAAGGUGGUAGACUAAGAGAUCCUCAUUCAGAAAGUCAAGAGUCUGAUAACCUGGGCAGCACCGACUCAGAGGUGAAGAAGAUACUAACUCUCCACCUGCCUAUUUCAGAGUACGACACCCUCGGAUCGGACUCAGACGGUGAUGGGGGCGGUAGGGCAACCAGUCAAGAGCUUAUGUCUUUCGGACAUCGUAUGAGAGGUGGGGCGGAGGGUUCCUCGACCUCUUCGGACUCGCCGCCCUCAGGCAGUGUGGGCCGAAAACCGUACAACGCGAGAAAGGGCAAGGGAAAGGGCGGCAACAAGGGACUGAGACACGUAAGGUCCUCUAGCGGUUACUCUAGUCACAACGAUGAAACUACCUUUAGUAUAUCGCAUGCGCCGAGUUUUAAUGAACGGAUACAUCCGCCUACAAGUUUUUUCUAGAUUUUCAGAUGUGUCCCUAAGAGACUUCUCCGACGCCGAAUACGAAAAGAGCCACAAAACCAGAGGAAUGUCGAAACUAACCAGGGAAGCCUUCCAAAUAAAUGUAUAAUAUAACUAAGGCAUUAAGUUUCUGUUUGUUUUAUCCAAAAAAAAAAAAUAUGUAUAAGCACACAUUAUAUUGAUUUCUUCUAUUUUUUAACGGAAAUAAAAUCAGCAGCUUCCCACAAUGUAAAAAAUAAAAAGAAAAAUAGCAGUGCCAAAACGUUAUUAUAGAAAUAACAAACAAUAGUUGUAUUAGAUCAUUUUUAUUUAAGGGUGUACCGGGGUACAUCGAAGUAAAACCCACGAAACCCUUUUUGGGUACAUUCCAGUAAAGGUUUUGUGAUAUUUAUUUUUGUUAGAUGUUUAUUAUUGUUUUUAUGAAUUUUAUAUGGAGAUAUAGAGGAUAAUUUCUACACCAAUUUUUGUACUGUGUAUAUUAGAUAUUUGUAAAAAAUAAAAACGUCGACCGAUCACACGAUCGAGUAUAAAAACCAAAUUAUUUAAACAUUAAUAAUUUGGUGUAUAUACUCAUGACCAUAAUAGCAUAUUAAUGUGUCCCAAUGUGUCGAAAUUUCACUUUUAGAAGUAAUAAGGGCAAAUUUUUAAAAUCACACCACUGAUUCACUAUUUUAUCAAUUCAAAGGACUGUCUUUUACGAAUAAUUUCGACUAUCUUUUUACUGUACUCUAAAAUUGUUAAUUGUAAGAAAAAUAAAUGACAUGUUAGUUAAAAAAAA